AUGGAUUUUGUGAUAAGGUUGCCUAGAACCCGAUCUGGUUGUGAUGCUAUUUGGGUAGUUGUGGAUCGACUGACAAAAACAACUCACUUCCUUCCCAUUCGAAUAAGUUGCACAAUGGAAGAAUUGGUUCAAAUGUACAUUAAAGAGAUUGUUAGGUUACAUGGUGUGCCUUCUACCAUUAUAUCUGACGGAUGGUCAGUCAGAAAGAACUAUUCAGACCUUGGAGGAUAUGCUAAGGGCUUGUGUUUUGGACCAGCCUGCGAGCUGGGAUCGCCCAAAGCCGUCAAAAGAGCUAUGCUAAUCAGAGGCAAGAGGCGAAAGCUUUUGGAAUUCGAAGAAGGGGAACAUGUCUUUUUGAAAGUUACACUAACCACUGGAGUGGGAAGAACCAUUAAGACCAAGAAACUGAAUUCCCAUUAUAUUGGACCAUUUGAGAUCCUGAAGAGAAUUGGACCAGUGGCUUAUAGAAUUGCCUUACCGCCGUACCUUUCGAAAUUGCACGAUGUAUUUCAUGUGUCACAGCUUAGGAAGUAUACCCCUGAUGCAAGUCAUGUUCUAGAACCAGAACCAAUCCAAGUGAGAGAAGAUCUAACACUCCAGUAA